AUCUCAAUGUGACUCAUGUAUUACAUCCCCAUGUGCACUUUAGCUUUGACUGAAGAAUGGAGGAAGAUAACAUGGGGCAAAGACCGGCAGUUUGUGAAGGAUUAUCGUCUUCUUAAUGAUGAUCAACAGCUCAGAGUUCUGCUUUAUGGACCCACUGGUUCUGGCAAGACCAGCUUCCUCAACUCUGUCGACAGUGCUUUACAAGGCAGAAUCACUAGUCAAGCUUUGUCGGAUGCAAUCUAUCAGGAGAGCUUCACCACAGAUUACAGGACCUUUAAAAUCCAAAACGGAGGACCAGGAACAUUUUACCCCUUUGUCUUCACUGACAUCAUGGGCAUUGAGCAAGGAACCAAUAAAGGAGUUGUUGUGGAGGACAUCAGACACGCUUUGAUGGGACACAUUAGAGAUGGUUACAAUUUCAAUCCUGUCUGUAAAAUACCGAAGGAUGAUAAAAACUACAACAAAACCCCCACUCUAAGUGACCGAGUUCAUGUUCUGGUUUGUGUAAUCGCUGCCAACACAGUAAAAAUACUGAAUGAUGAAACUGUGAGAAAGAUGAGGGAAGUCAGACUUGCAGCUAGAGACAUGGGUAUUCCCCAACUGGCUAUUCUCACCAAAAUUGAUGAAGCCUGCCCAGAAGUCAAAACAGACAUAAGGAAUGUCUACAAGAGCAUCUACCUGAAGCAACAGAUGGAAUAUUUAAGUGUGACACUGGGCAUUCCACUGUACUGCAUCUUUCCUGUGAAGAACUACCACUCAGAGAUCGAGACACAUGAGCACACUGACACAGUGAUACUGAGUGCACUGAGACAGAUGAUUAACUUUGGAAAAGACUGUUAUGACCGCUUGUAGACCUACUCAGGGCAAAUCUUGCUUUAGCAGCGUGAAAAGAGUCAGUCUGCAAACAGGAACACAUAAAGUGGGCUUCUGGGUUUUGCAUGCAUAUGAUGCAUACCUGCUAUAAAUUGUCUUACAUCUACCUUGCUGAAUAAAGUUU